AUGGCUGUGGCCUCUGCUGCCCCAGGGAGCAUCUUCCGUAAGCAGCUCCUUUUCUGUCUCCUGGUUUUAAUAUUAUCUUGCGAUGCUUGUCGGAAAAUUUCUCUUCAAGUUCCUUCUCAUCUUCAGGCUGAAACACUUGUAGGCAAAGUGAAUCCAAAAGAAUGCUUCCAGUCAGCCAGCCUAAUUCUGUCAAGUGAUCCCGACUUCAGAAUUCUAGAAGAUGGCUCCAUCUACACAACACAUGACCUCAUUUUGUCUUCUGCAAGGAAAAGCUUUUACAUUUCUCUUUCAGAUGACCAGAGACAGGAACAGAAAGAGAUAGAAAUUGUACUGGAUGUGAGAGGAAAGAAGGUUCCCAAGAAGAGACACACAAAAGACCCAGUUCUCAAGCGCAGCAAGAGGCGAUGGGCCCCUAUUCCCUGUUCACUGAUGGAGAACUCCUUAGGUCCAUUUCCGCAACAUGUUCAGCAGGUCCAAUCUGAUGCUGCACAGAACUACACCAUCUUUUACUCCAUAAGUGGACCAGGCGUGGACAAAGAGCCCUUCAAUUUGUUCUACAUAGAUAAGGACACAGGAGAUAUCUUUUGUACGCGAAGCAUAGACCGUGAGCAAUAUGAACAGUUUCCGCUAUAUGCCUAUGCAACCACUGCAGACGGCUACGCGCCAGAGUACCCGCUCCCCUUGCUAUUCAAAGUUGAAGAUGAUAACGAUAAUGCUCCAUAUUUUGAAAACAAAGUGACUAUCUUUAGUGUGCCUGAAAAUUGUCGAACUGGAACUUCAGUGGGACAAGUGACUGCCAUAGACCACGAUGAACCUGACACUCUACAUACUCGUCUGAAAUAUAAAAUCUUACAGCAAAUCCCAGAUCAUCCAAAGCAUUUCUCCAUACAUCCAGAUACAGGUGUCAUCACCACAACUACACCUUUACUGGAUAGAGAAAAAUGUGAUACAUACCAGUUAAUAAUGGAAGUGCGAGACAUGGGGGGGCAACCUUUUGGUUUAUUUAAUACAGGAACAAUUACAAUUUCACUUGAGGAUGAAAAUGACAAUUCACCAUAUUUUACUGAAACAUCUUAUUUUACAGAAGUAGAAGAAAACAGAAUUGAUGUUGAGAUUUUACGAAUGGCGGUACAUGAUCAGGACUUACCAAACACUCCUCACUCAAAGGCUAUAUAUAAGAUCCUACAGGGAAAUGAAAAUGGAAACUUCAAAAUUAGCACAGACCCCAAUACAAAUGAAGCAGUCUUGUGUGUUGUCAAGCCAUUGAACUAUGAAGUGCAUCGCGAGGUUGUUUUGCAAAUUGGUGUACUUAAUGAAGCACAAUUCGCUAAAGCAGCAAACUCAAAAGCUCCUACUAUGUGCACUACAACUGUCACUGUUAAAAUUAAAGACAGUGAUGAGGGCCCUGAAUGCCAACCACCAGUAAAAGUUCUUCAGAGUACAGAUGGCCUCCCAGUUGGAAAAGAACUCCAGGGAUACAAAGCGUUGGAUCCGGAAACACGCAGCAGUGAAGGCUUAAGGUAUAAGAAGAUAGGAGAUGAAGAUAACUGGUUUGAAAUUAAUGAACACACUGGUGACUUGAGAACUAUAAAAGUGCUAGAUAGAGAAUCAAAAUUUGUAAAACACGACCAAUACAAUGUUUCCGUGGUUGCAAUGGAUGCAGCUGGCAGAUCAUGCACGGGAACCCUGGUAGUUCUUCUGGAAGAUAAUAACGAUCACCCACCGCAAAUUGAUAAAGAAGUGACAAUUUGCCAGCAUGCUAAGGAUUAUGCCGUUCUCGAACCUGUAGAUGCAGAUGGACCUGAGAAUGGUCCACCUUUUGAAUUCUUUCUGGAUAAUUCUGCCAACAAACUUUGGAAUUUAGAAACAAAGGAUGGUAAAACUGCCAUUCUUCGUCAGCGACAAAUUCUUGACUAUAACUAUUAUACUGUGCCUAUCAUAAUAAAAGAUAGACAUGGUUUAGAUGCAAAACACAUGUUAACAGUGAGAGUAUGUGACUGUACAACCCCAUCUGACUGUAAGAUGAAUAUUAAAAAUGUGAGAGAUUUUAAGCCAUCAAAUGUAAUACUUGGAAGAUGGGCUAUUCUUGCCAUGGUGUUGGGUUCUGCAUUGCUGUUAUGUAUUCUGUUUACUUGUUUCUGUGUUACUGCUAAGAGAACAGUAAAGAAAUGUUUUCCAGAUGUAGCCCAGCAAAAUUUAAUUGUGUCAAAUACUGAAGGACCUGGAGAAGAAGUGAUGGAAGCAAAUAUUAGACUGCCCACACAGACAUCCAACAUUUGUGACACAAGCAUGUCUGGUGGCACUCUUGGUGGCCAAGGAGUCAAAACACAGCAAAGCUUUGAGAUGGUCAAAGGCGGCUACACUUUGGAUUCCAGCAAAGGAGGUGGACAUCAGACCCUGGAAUCUGUCAAGGGAGCAGGACAGGAUACUGGCAGAUACACAUACACAGACUGGCACAGCUUCACCCAACCUCGGCUUGGCGAAAAGGUGUAUCUGUGUGGACAAGACGAGGAGCAUAAACAUUCCGAAGACUACGUUCGUUCGUAUAACUAUGAAGGAAAAGGGUCUGUGGCCGGCUCUGUAGGCUGCUGCAGUGAUCGGCAGGAAGAAGAAGGGCUUGAGUUUCUUGAUCAUCUGGAACCCAAAUUUAGGACGCUAGCAAAGACGUGUGUCAAGAAAUAA